AUGGCUGACUCGCCCGCCAUUAAUGCUGUUCAGGAUGAACAACCUGAGGCAGCUGAAGUGCUAGAGAACCAUCUACCAUCCGGCUAUGCUUUUGAUGGGACCUUCGAGAGAGCUGAUGGUUCUGCCAUUGAAGAAGGGGAAGCUCAAUCCUCCCUUACCCUAUUGGGUGGCGACAUUCAUCGCGAUCUCUACAAGAUCGAUGCUCGUAACAGACCUCACCACCAGCGAGCAAAGACUUUUUCUGGGCCCGACUUCACCGGCGAUGAGAGCGACAUGCUACCAAUUUCUGAACAGCUCCUUCCUGGUGGGUUCAGACGACAAUAUGUCGUACAGAAAUACGGAACUUUGUCCCGCUUCUCACCACGGAGAGUUCCAAUCGCUCGAAACUUUGUUGAAUUUCUGGAUCUCUAUGGCAAUUUCGCGGGCGAAGAUCUAGAGGAGUCAGAAUCUGAGACCGAGGCUGAGACAGACGUCGAGGACGGCGAGCGGAGACCCCUGCUACCCCGUCGAAAGAGCACCAAGCGGAUCCAACGACCAGGAGAUGCUGGAGUUGCACGAACUUUCUUCACACUGCUCAAGGCUUUCAUUGGCACCGGCAUAAUGUUCCUGCCCAAGGCCUUCCAGAACGGCGGCAUUCUCUUUAGCUCGAUCACUCUCUUUUUCGUUGCCCUUAUCACCACGCUGGCCUUCCACCUCCUUCUGAAAUGCAAAGCAAAGUACCCAGGUGGUUAUGGAGAGCUCGGCGAAGCCAUUGGCGGUCGCAAGAUGCGCGCUGUGAUCCUUUCUUCCAUCACUAUCUCCCAACUCGGCUUCGUCUGCGCUGGCACCGUCUUUGUGGCGGACAACCUCAAAGCGUUUGCCGAUGCAGUCUCACACAACGCGUCUCCGCUGUCAACCAAAGACCUCAUCGCACUGCAACUACUGAUCCUUGUCCCUAUGGCGCUGAUUCGUAACAUCUCCAAACUUGGCCCCGCCGCCAUGAUUGCGGAUGUCUUCAUCAUCCUGGGACUGGUCUACAUCUGGUACUACGACAUCGCGUUCCUCACCGCUCAUGGGAUUGCCGAGAGCGUCGUCCUCUUCAAUCCGUCCUCCUACACGCUCACCAUCGGCGCCGCAAUCUUCACCUUCGAGGGCAUCGGCCUCAUCCUGCCCAUCCAGUCCUCCAUGAAAGAGCCUCAGAAAUUCGAGUGGCUGCUCUAUAUAGUCAUGAUCCUCAUCACCGCCAUCUUCGGCAGCGUCGGCAUCCUCUGCUACGCCACCUUCGGCACCGCCACCAAGAUCGAAGUCAUCUCCAACUUCCCUCAAGACUCGCACCUCGUCAACGCCGUGCAGUUUGUCUACUCCAUGGCCGUCCUCGUCGGCACCCCUGUGCAGCUCUUCCCCGCCGUGCGCAUCCUGGAAGGCAAGCUCUUCGGAAACAUCUCCGGCAAGCACGACCUGGCCGGAAAAUGGAAGAAGAACGGCUUCCGUACCGUCAUAGUCGUCUUGUGCGUCGCCAUCAGCAUCUGGGGCUCCGCAAACCUUGACCGCUUCGUCGCCUUGAUUGGCAGCUUCGCCUGCGUGCCCCUCGUCUACAUCUACCCGCCGCUGCUGCACUACCUGGGCGUGGCUCAGAACCCAUGGGUCAAGGCUGGGGAUAUCGUGUUCAUCAUCGCCGGUCUGUUUGCAAUGAUUUUCACAACUGUCAUCACGGUCGUUACGAGUUUCCUGCGGUAG